ACUAUAUCUUGUGUAUUUUUUUUUCACAGGAACUACAUGGAUGCUAGAAAUUCUAAGCCUUAUUCAAAAGAAUGGUGACCCAGCCUGGUGCAGGACAGUACCCAACUUUGAUAGAGCUCCAUGGGUUGAGUUCCAUGACUGUCAAAAGAAGUUGGAAGAAUCCUCUUCACAGAGACUUAUUACCUCACACCUUCCAAUAGAUCUUUUCCCAAAGUCUUAUUUUCAGUCCAAAGCCAAGGUUGUCUAUACAGCCCGCAACCCAAAGGAUAUCAUAGUGUCCAUGUAUUAUUUUUAUCAGAUGUCUGUAUACUUAGAAGAUCCUCAUCAUUUUCAGGAGACCUUCGACUUGUUUCUGAAAGGAGAAGUUAUCUACGGAUCUUGGUUUGAACACAUCAAAGGAUGGCUAGAAGCAAAAAACAGAAUUAACGUGCUUUUCAUAACCUAUGAUGAGUUAAAGGAGGUAAGAUACAAAAUGUGGCAAUAUAGUUAA